AUGGAUCGCAAAAGCGGCGGGGUGGAAAAGAGCCACCUGCUCGACGGGGCGGAAAGCAGGUCCUAUUUAGGAGUCUCAGAAAAGGACCUCCAUGAUUCAAUGGUUGGGUUCGUACCUGACCUCACUUCUCUCGAGCUGGACCUCAAAGGGAACCUUCACUGUCACUCCAGCUGGGCAUCCAGCAAUGGCAACAACACUGAGCAAAAGAGAGCUCGUCGGAAGCUUUAUCUUGCUUCCGCCAUCUGCUUGGUCUUCAUGACUGGGGAAAUUGCAGGAGGAUAUUUUGCACACAGCCUGGCCAUUAUGACUGAUGCAGCCCACCUAUUGACUGAUUUUGCUAGCAUGAUGAUCAGCCUUUUCUCUCUCUGGAUGGCAUCUCGACAACCUACUAAAACGAUGAAUUUUGGAUGGCACAGAGCAGAGAUUUUGGGAGCCCUGCUGUCCGUUCUCUCAAUCUGGGUGGUGACUGGUGUGCUAGUUUAUCUAGCAGUGCAGAGACUGAUUUCUGGUGACUAUGAGAUAGAAGGAGAUGCCAUGCUUAUCACUUCCGGCUGUGCUGUGGCUGUAAACAUCAUGAUGGGCAUUAUCUUACACCAAUCAGGACAUGGUCAUAGCCAUCACAGUCAUAAGGAGGGGACACAUAAUACUAGCGUGCGAGCUGCUUUUAUCCAUGUCGUUGGAGAUCUUGUGCAAAGCAUUGGAGUCUUGGUCGCCGCCAUCAUAAUUUACUUCAAGCCAAAAUAUAAAUACGUGGAUCCUAUCUGUACCUUUGUGUUUUCCAUCCUGGUUCUUGGAACAACACUGAACAUUCUCCGAGAUGUCAUCCGUGUGCUGAUGGAAGGUACUCCAAAAAGCGUAGAUUUCAAUGAUGUGAAGACCAUCCUGCUUUCUAUAAAUGGAGUGAAAGCCAUUCAUAGCCUCCAUAUCUGGGCUCUAACAGUAUCACAGCCGGUGCUGUCGGUCCAUAUCGCAAUCAAUAAAGAUGCUGAUGCCCAGACGGUCUUGAAGGAAGCCAGCUGCCGACUGCAAAAAGCUUUUGAUUUCCACACAACAACAAUCCAGAUAGAAAACUAUUCGGAGGACAUGAAGGAUUGCCAAAAAUGCCAGAGUCCCACAGACUGA